AUGGGCACCGGCCUUCUUGCCACUAAUGGCAAUUCUGCUACUCUGAUCAAGGUCGAUAGGCUACGCGAACUCAUUGGAACUCGGAUUUUCCUUCCCCAGUUGGUUGUUGUAGGCGACCAAAGCUCCGGGAAGAGCUCGGUUCUGGAGAGCAUCACCGGCUUCGCCUUUCCCCGCGCGGCAGAGUUGUGCACACGCUAUGCCACACAGAUAACAUGUCGUCGGGAGGCCUAUGAGAGCAUCAAUGUCACCAUCAUCCCGCAUAAUGAGUCGGACCCGGCCUCGUCAAAAAUCGAGGCCCAUAUGAUGAAGACUCCAGCCUUGCUCUUGGCCAGGAGGCUAAGGGGAUUUUCUUUUCUGAAUAUCCAUGAGUCUGCACAGCCGCCCUCGCGCAUGAGUCUGGGUGAGAUUUUCCCGUGCGUCGCUCGUCUUCUCCAGGAGCCAGCGAGCCGGUAUCACGUGGAACUACAUGAUGUCUUCAAGGGCGCAAAGCAUGAGACCAACAGUACCGAUGAUAUCCGAACCUUUAUCCAGGACACGUACAACAAUAGCCGUGGCAUGGAUCUGGGGACUUUCAGUGCGACUCUCCUCGCAGCAAUCUUCAAGGAACAGACCAAGAAUUGGAAGACCAUCACGAGCGCAUACGUAAGUAUAGCCAUUGUGCUUGUCCACCGCUUCAUACAGCAGGUGAUGAGGGAGGUGUGCCUGGACAAGGGUGUGCGAGAGGAUCUUGAACACCUCCUUGUAGACGAAAUCGAUGAGCGUUACAAACGCGCCAAGCAGCACGCCGCGUUUCUGGUCAACAUAGAGCGCGCACAGUCUCCAUUCACACUCGAUCCUCACUUCAACAACGCACUCGCCAGGACCCAGCAGGAGCGUGUACUGGAAAACAUCAAAGCACUCUUCAGCAUGGAUGAAGACUCAAGAGCUACUACAAGGUGGCCAUGAAGCGAUUCGC